CUGCGGGUGCUGUCCCCGCCGGCGGCGGCGUCGGGUCCGGGUCCGGGCUCGAGCUCGGGCUCGGGGUCCGUCGCGGGCGCGUGGAGCUGGGCGGGCGUGGAGCUGGCGCCGCGGUCGGCGGAGCCCGGCGCGCUGGUGGCCAAGGUGGUGGCGGUGGACGCGGACGCGGGGCAGAACGCGUGGCUGUCGUACGAGCUGGCCAAGGCGACGGAGCCGGGGCUGUUCCGCGUGGGGCUGCACAGCGGCGAAGUGCGCACGGCGCGCUCGCCGCUGGCCCGCGACGCGGCCCGGCACAGCCUGGUGGUGGUGGUGAAGGACCGCGGGCGGCCGGCGCUGUCGGCCACGGCCACGCUGACGGUGGUGCUGGCCGAGAGCGUGGCCGAGCUGCUGUCGGAGCUGGGCAGCGCGGCGGCGCCGGCCGAGCCCGCGGGCGGCCUGACGCGCUGGCUGGUGCUGGCCGUGGCGGCCGUGUCGUGCCUCUUCGUCGCCUUGCUGCUGCUGCUGCUGGCGCUGCGCCUGCGCCGCUGGCGCUUUUCGCGGCCGCCUCGGCCGCCGUCGGCCGGCGGCGCCUGGCGCGGCGUCCCGGCCUCGCACUUC